GACAAGGGGUGGAGGAGAAGAAGGAGGAGGGGAUGGAGAGAGAAGGAGGGGAAAGGAGAGAGGACAAAAUAUUCAAAACAAAGGACGCUUUUGGACGACAGGAAAAGUUCUCGUAAACAUCCAGCUCUUACAAGGAUGGGCAGUCUUCCAAUCGCCCUGCUCCUCUGCGGUUUCCACGUCCUCACAGCUGUAGCCCAAGCCCCGCAGGCUGAGGUGGAACUACACAGAGGUGACUGGAAUGAAGAGGAGGCUUUGGUGUCUGUCUCUACCCUACCGCCUGACUGUCGGGAAGAGACGUACCCCUGCACCAGGAUGUACUCUGUCCACCGGCCCAUCAAGAGAUGCAUCCACUCCCUCUGCCUUUACAGCCUCCCUCGUGUCUAUGUGAUCAACAAGGAGAUAUGUGUUAGAACUGUCUGCCAACAGGAUGAGUACCUGAAGGCUGAGCUCUGCAGGGAGCGGUCCGGCUGGCCCAAACGCUUCCAGAGGUCAACCACCAAUAAGAAACGCUGUCGCAAUCGCCAUGGCAACCCCAAAACCUGGGAAAACAAGGCCUGAUGGGCCCAAGAUGGCGGAGAUGGAAGGAGGGGCGGAGGAAGAAGGGAGGAAGGAGAGAAGGAGUAGGAGGGAGGAAGGAGUAGGAGGGAGGAAGGAGGGAGAGAAUGAGUAGGAGGGAGGAAGGAGAGAAGGAGUAGGAGGGAGGAAGGAAGGAGAGAGAGUAGGAGGGAGGAAGGAGAGAAGGAGUAGGAGGGAGGAAGGAGAGAAGGAGUAGGAGGGAGGAAGGAAGGAGAGAGAGUAGGAGGGAGGAAGGAGAGAAUGAGUAGGAGGGAGGAAGGAGAGACAGAGUAGGAGGGAGGACUCCCUUGGAGACAGAACACUGGGUUGUCUCCAUAAAAACACCCCAAAACACCAUAAAUCCACCGCUCAACACCUGGUGCUAGCCAGCCACACACACACACACACACACACACACACACACACACACACACACACACACACACAACCAGACACACACAAACAAACAACAUAUAACACAGUCCAUGUAACUCCAGUUAAGAACAGUCUGAGUCAUAUUUCUCAGUUCUGCUAUGAGACCUGUGUUUUAAUAGAACUGUAUGUGAAUAUGAGGGGAGAAAUCACUCCCCACAGAUUGGACCUGUGUUUUAUUUGACACGGAUCAUGUUCUGUGCCAUUGUGGGCUGUAUAAUACUGUUCAGAUGGAACGCUGUUGAGUUCCUGUAGUUGUGUACUGUAGAGACCGUCUGAGAACAAUGUAUCCACUCUGUCAUUGCUGACACCUUAUUGUAAAGCACUCUAUCACAAUCCAAUACUACAAAGCAGUGCAAUAAUAUCCAAUAAAAUAUCAUUCAUUGGUUUGUGUGGA